GCUUGCCGUGUUAAUGUUACUAAUAUUUUAAAAACGUUUUAAAAAAUUUAUUUAAUAAAUUAAAAAUUCACUAAACGAUUUUCGGAUACAUUAAUUUUAAUUUUUAAAAUUAAAAAUAUGUUUGGAACGCGAUCGAGAUCUUUCAUUUCGAACACCUCCAUCACCAGAACUCCAACUGCUGCUGAUGCCAGUUCUCGCGUUCUCGCUGCUUCCACCAAUGUUUCAAAUCUUCGGAGAAAAAGCGCCAUCUAUGCAGUUAAAAAGUCCAAAUCAUUUUUGACACCAAGUCGUGGGGACAAGAGUAUUCUAAAUGCGACAACAUCAGAAUUUCCACUGUCUAUGAAUGAGAUUAGUGCACCUAAUUAUCAAUUGUCUGAGUACAACGGCUUCAUUCCUAUCACUGUAGUCAACUCACUUCAUGCUAAUGCUUCAAUCACUUGUCUAUUGGAUGAUGGCUUAGCCUACUCGAUUGAUAAUGAAUCAAGAAAAAUCGUCCUUUGGGAUAUUAAUAGCAAAACUGAAUCCUUUCAGGAAUUAAUUCUUCCCCAAGUAAAAUCACUAAUCGAGAGUCAAAAAAUUGAUGGCUACAGACUGGCUGCCAUCUUGAAAAAUGGCUUCUCUCAAUCCGUUUCCUGUCUGGUACUGGCCUCAAAUGGAUAUUUAUGCUUUUGGGGCGAUGUUUCUUAUGCACAGUCUCUGGUUACAAUGACGAUAUCUUCUGAAAGGGGUUUGCUGGACUGCUGUGUUUCUGUUGUCAGCAUUUCGAAUGGCUUCAUUGUUGGUUGGAAGUCUGGUUUGCUCACCUAUUUGCUGCUUGAUCAGGGUCACCUGAAAGCAUCAACCAUGAGAGGUCAGCAAGGUAGAUUGAAUAGGAUUGGUCGACGAGUUACAUCAAUUAUUUUUGGCUCGGCCAAUAGCGAAUCAACUCCUCAGGGUGGCAGCCAAUCACAGUCGUUAAAGAAAUUAUUAGCCGGUAAAAAAGACCAACAGAGAGAGGAUUGUAAAUAUUUCAGCCAAGAAUUGUACGUCCUAUUAAAUUGGGCGCUACAAAAAUGGGUUGUUUCCGCUGAUAGUGAUAAGAUGUGUUACAGCAUUAACUUACAGAAUAUUAUAACGAAUAAUUUG